ACUAUGUGGAAUUUGAGCGGCAUGCUGCUGGUGGUUCCAAUAUGCAUUAUUUUGACCUUCUUAUUAGAUUAAAAUCUGAACAAGAGCAUCUCUUCCGUAAUAUUCAGAGAAACGAGUACCACAAUUUGUAUGAAUUUAUCAGUUCGAAGGGCUUAAAAAUUUUGAACUUGGGAGAUGCCCAACCCACUGUUGGUAUAAAGAAGGUUCUCGAGAAUGAUGAUGAUGAUGCUGUUGAUCCACAUCUUGAGCGCAUAAAAAAUGAAGCUGGUGGAGAUGAAAGUGAUGAGGAGGUGAUCAAACAGAUAUUUUUUUAA